AUGGAGCUGAAAAUUGGCGACAAAUACAAAAUGGUAAAGAAAGUUGGAAGUGGUGCCUUUGGUGAAAUAUAUAAGGGUAAAUAAAUAAGUAUAGAUUAACAGAAUUUAGGUAUUAAUCUGAAAUCCGGAGAAGAAGUUGCUAUAAAGCUGGAACCUGCUAAAACUAAAUAUCCUCAGUUGUACUAUGAAGCAAAACUCUACAAAAUAUUCGAUGGAGCUGGUAAGAUUUACUCUAUGAUUAUCGACCUUAUCAUAUUAGUUGGUGUACCGAAACUUUACUACUAUGCUCAAGAAGGAGAUUAUAAUGUAAUGGUAAUUGACUUACUUGGUCCAUCACUUGAGGAACUAUUUGAGUAUUGCAGAAGAAAAUUCACACUUAAAACAGUUCUUAUGAUAGCUAUUCAAAUGAAUGGAUUCCUUCACAGAGAUAUAAAACCCGACAACUUUUUAAUUGGAGCUGGAAAAAAUCAGCAUAUUAUUUACAUUAUAGAUUUCGGAUUAGCGAAGCGCUACAAAGACCCAAAAACUGGCAGACAUAUCUCCUUUAAGGACAAUAAAUCCUUGACCGGAACUGCUAGAUACGCUAGUUUGAAUACUCAUCUAGGCAUAGAACAGGCAAGAAGAGAUGAUCUUGAGUAGAUUGGUAUAGUUCUAAUGUAUUUUUUAAGAGGAAAUCUGCCAUGGUAAGGUCUACCAGCAAAAACAAAGGAGGAAAAAUAUGAAUAAAUUAAGAUUAAGAAAGCUGUAACCUCUAUUGAAGACUUGACAGCAGGCUAUCCAAAAGAAUUUCAGUAGUAUCUAAACUAUAGUAGGAAAUUGAAGUUCGAAGAGAAGCCUGAUUAUCAGCAAGUGAUCUCAAUGUUCAGGGAACUCUUUGUUAGAGAGAGUUUUGACUUUGAUUUCAUGUAUGACUGGAUUUUAAAGAAACAGGCUUUGAAACAAAGACUAGCAGCGAGUACUAGAAAUACUUAAAGAAUAGAAGAGGAAAAGAAAACUCCAGUUGAGGCCUCUAAUAAUAGAGCUAAUCUGACUUAAUAAAACUAGCACCGAGAAGGCUAGAACAACUCACAGUUAGUUUAAGGCCUUCAAACAAUCCAAGGCAACUUCUAAUAUAACAACGAUUACUAAUAAAUGUCUCAAUAAUAAAUACAAUCUAAGCUAAGAGAGUCUGCAACUAUAAUGAGAAAUCCAACUGAUGCAGUAAAACAAUAUAACAGCAACGGUAGAUAGCCUAGUGUUGAGAAUACUAAUAUACUACAAAGCUUGACACAGGGUUAAACAUCGACAUCGAAUCAAUUCUACAUUCAGCAGAAUAAGCUAUCAAAUGACAACUAGAUGAGAAAUAGAUAGAUGAGAUAAGAGUUUAAAUCUUCAGCCUAGCAUAUUUUAGAGGGACAAGUAGGUGCUGUUCCAUUGCCAAAUCUUCCCAAAUAAACAAGCAAUAGCAACACUCGGGGGAAUUCAUAAUUGAACAAUAAAAGAAUAGAGUCUAAUGGCUCAUAGAUUCUAGCACAGCCAUUUACUAUGGGACUUCAAUCUUAAAAUAUGGUUACUUCUUAUUACAAUAAUAGAUGA